UUAAACAAUAUUGAUAAUUUAAGUUAAAUUGCAACCGUUUGACGUUUACAUUUUACGACUAUGGGCCGAGGUUCUCUUUCUUUUGAGAUAAAAUUUAAAAAUAAAAACAUUUUCCCCUCCUUCCGUUGUUCAUUAAUAAAUAGUAAAAUAAAAAGAGUGCAUGUGGUUCAAGUCCAAACAGUGACUAACGCUUAAAGUUUUAACUCUCAAGUUGGUUCACUCUAUUUGUUUUUUUCCACUGUAAUUUUUAAUUUGUCACAUUAUUAUUAUUAAAAUGAACAAGAGAAAGUAUCCGUAUGGAGUCGAUAUGUGUCCGCAGUUAAAAAUUCAUGUUGGUGACAAACAAGUCGCCAAUGGAGUUAUGGCCCAAACAAAGAUGAUUGAAAUUUAUGAAAGGACAAAACAAUUGUUGUUCAAAAAUGCAGGCAUCACAUUUGAAACGGAUGAACCAGCUGUUGUGACUAACAAAGUACCUUGUGAUCUUAAACCAUCGAAACAAUUGCAGUUAACAUUUGAUGGCAAGCUUUCUAAGACUGAAUCACCUAAAAAAGUAUCAACUAUUUAUGUUUUGGACAAUCAACAAAAAUGUACAUUUUGUUCAAAAACUAAAAAUUUAGAUAUAUGUGGAAAAUGCAAUGAUAUUUAUUGUAAUAUGUGUACAUUUUCAUUGUGCAAUGAUGAUAUGAAUAAAAUAUGCUUGACCUGUUAUAGAUAAAAAUUUUAAUAUUAUAAGUAUAAAUUAAUUAUUUUAGAAAAUGUUAUUACAUAGGUAUGUGAUAAAUGUUUAU